AUGUCAGCCAUUCCGUAUGAGGAACACUCCGUCACCUACGGCGAUGAAGCCAAGUCCAUCUUCUACCUCGCCGCCGGCCCUCGGCAAGGCCCUCUCAUCAUCUUCGUCCACGGCUGGCCCGGCAUCGCCAAAACCUGGCAUCCCCAGCUCCAGGCUUUCUCCAGCCUCGGGUUCCGAGUAGUCGCCCCCGAUAUGCCAGGUUACGGCAGAUCAACAACCACCAGCGUCAAGACAGACUACUCCCAGGAAAAAGUCGUUGAGGGCGUCCUCGCCGUGCUUCACGACACAGGCAGAGACCAAGCCAUCUGGGUAGGACACGACUGGGGCUGCGCCACCGUGUACACCAUCGCAAACACCCGGCCCGAGGUCGUUCGGGCCGUCGCCGGGCUCGCCAUCCCGUAUGGAGUCCUGGAGCGCGGCUGGACAGGGCUGUUGGCCGCCGUCGAUCGCCAUGUCUAUCCCGAGAACGAGUAUCCAUACGGCCAGCUCAGCUACAUGGCGUUUUACGAGCAGUCCUUUGACAAGGCGAUUGCCUUUCAAAACAAGAGCCCGCACACCAUGCUGCGAUAUCUCUUCCGAAAGCCAGAGUGGCUCCCCGAGGACACACCCUCUCCCAGGGCAAACGUCCUCAAGCAAGGCGGCUGGUUCGGCGGCAUCGAUAGCCCUCCUCCUCCUUCAACCGUCAAAGACGAAGAGCUCAUCAUGAAGCUCGACGUCUUUCAGGAAUUCGUAGCAGCCAUGGAAAAGACGGGCUUCGGCUCGGCCGGAUGCUACUACAUGAACCACAAAGCCAACGAAGAGUAUAAUCUCGCACACAGCAAGCACGACGGCAAGCUCUCCAUGCCCGUGCUCUUCGUCCACGCAAGAUGGGACAGCGUCAGCGACUGUGCGCGAAACUCGGGGGCUACCGUCUAUAUGAGGCGAAAGUGCGAGAAACUGACGGAGACAAUCGUCGAGGCGGGGCACCACCUUGCGGUUGAGAAGCCUGAGGAUGUGAAUGCGGCGAUUGCGAGGUGGUUGGUUGAGGAGGUCAAGGACUGGUGGCCUGGAUUUUGGAGCCACCGGUUUGCAAAGCAGCCGUGA